AUGGAAAAGCAGGCGAACAGGAUAGAACGGCUUGGUGCACUGCUAUCAUCACGCAAUGCCUUAGUACGACGUGAAGCCGCUCAAGCUCUUGGCCAUUUUCCACUUACAAAUUCCUACGUUAUUGAUAUUCUGAAGAAUAAUUUCCAAUCUAGUGCAUGGGAUACACGAGAGGCAGCAGUUGAGGCAUUCCGGGCUAUUCUUAAAGCUAUGCCUUCUAAAAGUCAGGUUGUGUCACCGCGAAUCGAUAGUGUUUCUCGACUGAAUCUGAGAGAUGCUGUACGAACUUAUCACCCAUUACUCAGCUGUGAGGCGGAUUUGGUGACACGAAUGGGUAUCUGCAGUUUUGGUGAACAACGGAAAUUGGUUGAUGAACAGUUAGAUUUCCAGUCUGUUGUUGGUAUCUCAUCUGGAACUUUUCUUUCAGAGGAUGAUUUUAGUUCAUCUGGAAAUGUCAAAGAAACUAUCCCGGAGAAAAAGUUAGAUCUUGUAACUUCUGAUGCUAUUGAUUGUGAUGAUAGUUUGGAAGAGUUAGAUGCAGCAGUUUAUUCAAUCUGUAUCCAGUUGAUGCGUGAUGUAGUUGAUGUCAAGUGGGAAAUUCGACAUGGAGCUGCUCUAGCAAUUGCGUGUAUCUUAACAAUUGCUCCUUCGCGGCUUUCUUCAUUGUUGGUGGACAUUCUAGCAACUAGACUUCUCCAAGCUAUUGCGCUUGAUAAAUUCAUUGAUUUUUCUUCUGGAAGAACAGCAGUAGGUCCAGUUCGGGAAGCAGUUGCAGAAUGUAUUGCACGCCUGACAAUGGUUUUCUCAACUCCAGAAUUUGUAGAUAUUAUUUUUGACCAUAUAUAUACAUUGCAUAAAAUGACCGAUGGUAUCCAAACUGAAUGUCAGAACGCUAAUGAUUUGGAGUCUCACAAACGCAUAUGGUUCCAUCGUCAAGCGGCACUGUUAAUAAUAAAGUAUCAUUUAGCAGGACCAUACUAUGAUGUUAAGUUCAAUGAAGUCUUCAAAUUAUUACUGUGUUCAUUUGAGGAUUCCCACGACGAGGUAUGUGCUUCAGCUUUGUCCGCGAUCACAACUCUUUUCUGCAAAGAUGAUUUGAAGCCAGAAGUUUCGGAAAUGAUCUCACAUGUAGAACACGUUAUUUAUCGUUUUAUUGAAUCUACAUGCAGUGUCUCGAGAAAUCAGUUAUUGGAUAUUGACACAGUAGCAGUUGAUCUUUUGUCGUUGUUAGUUAUUUGGUUGCAAGGUGAUUCUUCACGAAAAUUACCCUAUUCCGUGUCAAAUAACCUUUCUCAUCUUUUGGAUCCGUUACAUAUCACUUUAUCGCUUAAAGUAGUCAGUGUUUUUUCCGUAUCUUUCUCAAGACGAUCGCCUUUAAAGGAUAACCAUGAGUGCGAGGAAUUCGAAACAUGUACAAUGUCAGUAUUAGCAUCUUUAUUUCGUGUUGUACUUUUUGCUGGACCGCAAGAUACGGAGGAUCUCAUCGAAGCUUGUAUAUUAUGCGUUCAUCGUAUCGUCGAGCAUUUUAUAUUUGUAAAGCAUUUACCGCAAGCUUUGGUUGAAACAAUUGGUCGUUGGACUGCUUGUCUUCUCAUUGAUGCGCGGAAUGCAGAAAUUGAUCUCGAAAAAUGCAAUGUGGGUGCAAGCGCUGGCCGGAGUCCCACGGAAUGCUUAUGUGGUGAUGAAAUACGAUCUUUGAGCGAUAUGAUUCGGAUUGAUGUUGUCCUAACGCGUAAACUACAUGUGGCUCGUUUUCUAGCCCCUCUAAUUUCAGCUAUUUAUAAUUUUCCUUCAAGGAUAGGCGACCAGUUACUGAGUGAAGCAGUUCAGCUGCUUAUUAUUCCUACGAUGAAGUCCUUGGUAAUCAUGCAUAGACUUGGCGGAGUACUGUUAAGUCAUGCAUGGUUUACAUAUGCAUGGAGGUCGGGAAUAACUACCGAUAUCCCCAGUUAUAUAACAGAAGUGCUUCACAGUUUAAUUAUGUCACCAAAUGCUGCUUAUGAUGACGAAAAGAUGUUUUUUUUAUACCUUGAUAAUGCUUAUAAAGAUUUUGCAUCGUACUGUCGAAAGAAAGGAGUUAGUGCAAUUGAAUUACUAGAUGUGGAAGCACAUGGCGAUACUGUUGAUAACAAUGCAAGUGCACUUUACAAUAUCUGCCACAACAUUCUGAGAGAAACGAACGACAAGGAAAUACUGCGUUUGAGGUAUGAAAGUUUCAAGUAUGCCGUCGCAACAGCCAAAGCAGUGAUGACAUCAAAUAUCUCACGUGUUAAUGCAUUGACUGUUUCCUCCUUACUAUUGAUUUAUCCAAGAUCUUUGUUGGAUUCUCCAUCACUCAAUCCUUUCGUAAAACCCCUCAUGGAACUUAUUCGUUUUGAAGAAAACAUAACUUUUGCGCAGUAUGCUCUAAAUUCGAUACCGAUUUUGUUUCGAAUAGCUUCUGAAAAGCAGCCAAAUCCCCACGCAAAAAUGAUCAAGCAAAUAGUUGUGAGUUUGGUUUCAUGUACUAAUCGAUUCCCUCCAGAAAGUGACAGUGAGGAUGUGAUCUUAUCACAAUGUGCAAGAGGACCUUUUUCUUCACGGUCUCAGAACGCAGAAUACGUCAUUCGUAUGUUGGUGACACCCGUUGCUGGAACAGAUAUGGCUUCGCUUUUGGAUUUCAGAAAUCGCAGUUCCUUGAAGGAAACUGCUAUGUUUAUGAUGGCUUACACUGUUUUCAUUGAUGAAAGCAGAAUACAACGGCGUGUUCCGCCUGACCUCUCUGACAUCGUCCUGGAGCUUGGAAUACACUUGACAUCAGAAAAUGCAGUUGUCCGGUAUUGUGCUGCUCAAUGUUUGAGUAAUAUUGCUCGUAUAGACGGAUUUCUCCGAUCAGUGCUACAGGCUGCAGUAGCACCAUUGCAGCGAAAAUUACGCACUGGUGAAACACGGGCGCACGUUCGAUGCGGUCUUGUGGAACUUCUCUUUCUCCUUAGUGACUUUCACGUUGAAAUGCUGGGUGGUCUUCGUUUAUUGGCUCCAAUAUCUCUACGUCUUAUGGCAGAUAGCUGUCAUAUUGUACGUGAAGUCGCAGCAAUAUCUUUCCGUAAUUUUGUACCGUUGAUGACAUUAAAAGCAAAUCGAAGAAUCGAAGAACAGUCACUUCUGAAAAAUGAUGUGGCAGAUGAAAUAUUUGGUGAUAAUUCUCUUGAUUUGUUGCUAGGUGAUCCUAGUCGUUUACCGGAAUUACGAUUGACUGAUAUUAAAGGAUUAAACGCUUCAACUUCUUUACGACAUUAUCAGCAAGAGGGUAUUCGGUGGAUGUCAUUCUUAGAAGAAUAUGGAUUGAAUGGCAUACUUGCUGAUGAUAUGGGACUUGGUAAAACCCUUCAAACACUGUGUUUAUUGGCAAUGAAAAUCUAUCACAAACCUCAAGCAAAAGUUCUUAUUGUGUGUCCUCCAACUUUGGUUAAUCAUUGGUGUGCGGAAUGGUCGAAAUUUUUUCCAACCUUAUCACCAUUUCAUAAAAUCGAGGAAGGUUAUAGAGAAAAGAGAUUAUUGAUGGAUAAGUCACAGAAAGUCACAGUUAUGUCGUACAACACCGUGCGGUUUUGCACCUGUGUUCAAGAAAUAGAAUGGUACUACAUAAUCUUAGAUGAGGGUCAUAUGAUAAGAAAUCCUACUACGCAGUUGUUCAAAGCUUUAACUAACAUUAAAGCACAAAACCGCCUCAUACUUUCUGGAACUCCUGUUCAAAAUACUCCAGUAGAUCUCUGGUCUCUUUUUCAGUUCCUGAUGCCUGGUUACUUGGGGACAAUCAGACAGUUUAAAUUGACCUUUUUAAAUGCAAUAAAUGGGUCGCGAAAUGUUAACGCUUCCGCUCAGGAAAUAAAGGAAGGUCAGGAUGCGUUGGAACGGCUACAUAAAUCAGUUUUACCAUUUGUUAUGAGACGCCUGAAAACAGACGUUCUUGAAGAUUUGCCUGAGAAGAUUGUGCAAGAUUACAUGUGCAGCAUGACCACGGUACAACGAUUUCUAUACAAUCGCAUUGUCGAUAUGUACCAAUCCGCUCGUCGAAAUUCUACUAAUAAUCGUCCAAGUUUUUGUGCUCUAGAGACCAUUGCUGAACUUCGGAAGUGUACUGUUCAUCCUUCCCUAGUGAGUCACAAAUCCCUGGAAGAUCUGGACUUAGAGAAGCUGAAGGGCUGUGUUGAAGAAUCUGGUAAAAUAAUUGCCUUGCGAGAGCUUCUUAAAGAAUGCGGUAUCGGUUCACGAGAACAUUAUGCACUGUCUGAAGAAUCUACACUACAGGAUAGCGAAAUAUCUCAAACUGGUAACGGUCAUCGCGCGCUUAUUUUUUGUCAACGAUUGUCUGCAGUUCAACUGCUUGUGAAUUUGUUCAGUUCAGGAGAAUUGGGAUCUGAUAUAAGAUUUGCUGUGUUGGAUGGUACGGUACCCGUAAAUGAGAGACAUGCCGUUGCUGAAAAAUUUAAUGUUGAUCCUAGUAUACAUGUACUGAUACUUACGACAAAUAUAGGUGGUGAAGGGCUCAAUUUAACCGGAGCCGAUAUUGUUAUUUUUUUGGAACAUGACUGGAACCCAGUGAAGGACUUGCAAGCUAUGGAUCGAGCUCAUCGUAUUGGACAAAAAUGUGCUGUGAAUGUUUAUCGAUUAAUUACGGAGGGUUCUAUUGAGCAAAAAAUUAUGCGAUUGCAAAAAUUCAAGACAGAUACAGCUAAUGCCCUAGUUGGUGCGGAUAACCGUUCUUUGCAAACAAUGGCGACGGAGCAACUUAUGGAACUUUUUGCGAUAGACGACGUAUCGCCUGGAACUAGUCUUGAUGCAUACUCUCCAAGGAAAUCACGUGAAAGUGAUACGUCGUCAACUUUUGAUAAACAUUCCAAAAGUUCAGAUAUCGGAGAAAAAUUAAGCAUUGAAGAAUUAUGGGAAUUGUCACAAUACGAUCGUUAUAAUGCUUCUUCAAUAGCGCACUCCUUUGAAGUAUCUGGAUGGAAUAACAAUGCUUCAACAGUAAUUUCGAAUACCUCUAAUAAUAGUGGCACUGUUAAUGACAACAUUAAAUGUAAAAAAUCUCGGCUUGAUGAUUAA